GGCACCUACCCCGGGCGGAAGCGAGGCACCGUGCAUCCCCAGACCAUCAGCUUCCCCUGCCCGGCCUGCCAGCGGGACGUGGACCUGGGCGAGCGGGGCCUGGGCAGCCUCUUCCGCAACCUGACGCUGGAGCGGAUCGUGGAGCGGUACCGCCAGACCAUCAAUAUUAGCGCCGCCAUCAUGUGCCAGUUCUGCAAGCCCCCGCAGCUGGAGGCCACCAAGGGCUGCACUGAGUGCAAGUCCAGCUUCUGCAACGAGUGCUUCAAGCUCUACCACCCCUGGGGGACCCAGAAGGCUCAGCAUGAGCCCACACCGCCCACUCUCACCUUCCGCCCCAAGGGUCUGAUGUGCCCAGAGCACAAGGAGGAGGUGACUCACUAUUGCAAAACCUGUCAGCGCCUGGUGUGCCAGCUCUGCCGUGUGCGACGCACUCACACCAGCCACAAGAUCACCCCCGUGCUCAGCGCCUACCAGGCACUCAGGGAGAAGCUGACAAAGAGCCUUGCGUACAUCCUGAGCAGCCAGGACACGGUGCAGACGCAGAUUGCUGAGCUGGAGGAAACAGUGAAGCACACAGAGGCGAACGGGUCUCAGGCCAAGGAGGAGGUGUCCCAGCUGAUCCAGGGGCUGUGCGCGAUGCUGGAGGAGAAGCGGGCGUCCCUGCUGCAGGCAAUCGAGGAGUGCCAGCGGGCCAGCCUCCAUUACCAGAUCCAAGAGCACCAGGCCAUGCUGGAGAACUCGGGCAUGGUGGGCUACGCCCAGGAGGUGCUGAAGGAGACCGACCACCCCUGCUUCGUCCAGGCUGCCAAGCAGCUGCACAACAGGAUCCUCAGGGCCACGGACUCGCUGCAGAGCUUCCGGCCUGCGGCCACAGCCUCCUGCAGCCACUUCCAGCUGGAUGUCAGUAGGGAACUGAAGCUGCUCACAGACCUGGCCUUCAUCAAAGCGCCCGAGGCCCCCGUCAUCGACACGCAGCGCACCUACGCCUACGACCCGAUGUUCCUGUGCUGGCGGGGGCCGCUGGCCAUCAGCAAGGACCAGCGCGCCGUGCGCAGCGUGCCCGGCAUCCCCAUGCUCUUUGCUGCUGAGCGCCUCAUGACCAGCUGUCACCUUUCCAUCGACCUGGUCAUCGGUGACGUGGCCAUCACACAGGGCAAGAACUACUGGGCCUGCUGCGUGGACCCCAGUUCCUACCUGGUCAAGGUGGGCGUAGGGCUGGAGAGCAAACUGCAGGAGUGGUUCCAGGUGCCGCAGGACGUGGUGAGCCCCAGGUACGACCCCGACAGCGGGCACGACAGCGGAGCAGAAGACACAACGGUGGAUGCACCUCCGCCCUAUGCUUUCCUGACCAUCGGCAUGGGCAAGAUCUUGCUCUCCCACGGGUCAGCACUCACCUCUCGUGACCCCAACGGCUGCACCGUGCCCUUGCCCCCACGCAUCGGCAUCUGCCUGGACUAUGAGCAGGGCAAGGUGAGCUUCUACGAUGCCGUGUCCUUCCGUGGGCUCUGGGAGUGUGGCGUGGACUGCUCCGGGCCCGUCUGCCCUGCCUUCUGCUUCAUCGGAGGGGGUGCGCUGCAUCUCCAGGAGCUGGUGGCCAACAAGCAGGAGCGUAAAGUGACCAUCGGGGGCUUCGCCAAGCUGGACUGAGCCGUGCCUGUGCUCCCCGCACAGUCUGCUGUGGCCCCUUCCUACUUGCCAAGCGAGCUCCAGGGCCUGAAGGGGUAACGGGGGGCACGGUUGGGCCAGGAGCAGAGCACGCUGGAGCAGACCCAGCCCUGCCCCGGCUCGGAGCUGGCCACGUGUUUGUUUUGUGGGACGGGGAGGGGGGAGGCUGCUUCGC